GUCCAGCUGACGACGGCGCAGGAGCUCCAGCCUCCCUCGCCUCUCCUCAGUCAGUGAGGAGAACUUGUGUCGGUCACCGCGUGAUUGUCUUUCGCUCGAACACACAACAGCUCCUUGAUUGUAUCCUCAGCUCUAGCAGCCUUCUCACAUCCUCCAAGAUGAAGUGGUGUGGAGUGGUCGCGGUGGUAGUCCUGGUGGCGGCGGUGGUGAGAGCCGAGGGGGAGAUCUGGGAAGAGGACGAACGGGAAGUGCUUAUCCGCAGUGAACGAGGGACCAAGAACAACAAAGAGCCAUGCCGAUAUGAGAAGGGGCCGUGGUCGGAGUGUGAUCCCAAAAACAACAUGAGAACGCGGACUUUGACUCUGAAAGACCGCAAGAAGGGGGACACCACGGCCGCCGCUAACUGCGAACCCACGAAGACCAUCCAGAAGAAGUGCAAGAAAGCCUGUCGCUAUGAGAAGGGCGCUUGGAGCAGCUGCAGCGCACAGAAUGAGAUGGUUCGCACGGACACGAUAAAGGACAAGAGCGACUCGUCUUGUGAACAGACCAGGCAGAUCACCAAGAAGUGUAAAAGUAAGGGGGCCAGGCCUGCAAAGGGAACCAACAAGAACACGGGGGCAAGACGUAACCGACAGUAGAUGUCUUCAUUCCAUUCAACUUUCUGCAAAUAUCAACAUUCUCUCAGAUCCUAGUUGGUUGACCACCUUCACUCCACAUCUCAAGUAUUAUUGUUACUUCGGGUCAAAGUCGAACCUCGGAGCGGGAUGUUUUUCUUUUGUGCAAGACUAUGGAAACACAAACGUUCGAUAGUUUUUCUAUAGUCUCGAUGUCUUAACUUUAGAUGUUUCCGACUACUCGUAAUGUUUAGUUUAGUUUUUUAUAUUUAUUUACGUCCAAUGAGCGGGCUUUUAGCUGUCAUAGACGUAGCUCUGUACUCUAUGCAUUUACCGUUUUACAUAUGUUUUUUAUUCGUAAUUUAGUAAGGAUCGAACCCGGGGUUGCUUGGUACCCGGUCUCAUCUCCGAUAGAUCAAAUGUUAGUGUAGGCCUAUACAUUUAAAGCAAUUUUAAACCCAUAGAGUAAUAUAAGUAGUUUUUACCGGAGUUUACAGUUUUUGAACAUUCAGUUUGUUAUUUCAAUACUACAUGUGCUGUAUAUAGCUGUAUGUGUCUAGUAGGGUGUCAUCUUGUUUUAUGUUCACGAGGUAUUCGACAGUGUCACCUCAACAUCGUGUAUACUGUACCACUUGGCACCUGUCGAUGCUGAGAUUCAUUUUAAAUGUCAUUGUAUACAAACCCGACACUAAAUUUAAACGUUGUAAACAUUGAUAUACUGGCUUUAUAUUUUAUUAUUGUAUUAUGUAAUAAACCAAGUAAUCCAA